GAGUGAGCACGUACGAUCCGACUUCGUGAAAGCGAUCGACGUUAUCUCGACUGCGGGAACAAUUUUCAUAAUUUUCGAAUAAACGUGUUUCUAUUAUUAAUUUAAUUUGAAGCGAUACAUUGUGUUAUCUAGGAGUCGAAGUAAAUAAGGAUGGUUGUUUAAAAGCAUUAAUAGCAUUUAAAAACGUCGCAAAAUGUAAAUUAAUGGUGUAUUGUGAAAUUAACAGAUUUUUUAUGACCGAGUGAUGUUACGACCACCUUUAGUUUGUGGUUUUUGAUAUCGAACAAGAAACCCAGUGUCGAGAUGGAAGAUUACUUAUUUGACAUUUUUACAAUUAAAUAUUUCAAAAGUAAAUUAAGUGCCAAAAACUAUAUAAAUUUUUAAAACAAUUAGCAUAAGGAUUGCCAAAGUUGCUCAGAAUUAAAUUAUUAAUGUUCGGUUAAUGAAUUGUGAUGAUUGUGAUAUAGUUUAUCUUAUAGAGAUCGAGUUAUAUUGUGAAAAAUGUUUAUUACUUCUAGAAAGUGGUUAAACACGUGAACAAAAUGACAUCCCUUCUGCGAGCCGUGAUUACUUGCAUCGCUUGUCAGUUUAUUGGUACGGCGAACACUCUCAAAUCUCUGCAAAUACACGUCCCUAGAGCCAUUCUAACAGGCAGGGACGCUGAGCUAAUGUGUACUUACGAGCUGGAAGGAGCACAAUUGUACUCCAUACGAUGGUACAGAAACAUGAUAGAAUUUUAUCGAUAUGUGCCAAAGGAAUCGCCGGCUACAAAAGUCUUUCCCGUGGCGGAGAUAAAGGUCGAUGUUGCUGCUUCAGACCAGAAUCGAGUGGUGCUCACAGAAGUAGACAGAACAUUAACUGGAGAAUACCAGUGUGAAGUAUCUGCAGAUGCGCCUUUGUUUCACACAGAUAUCAAAGCUGCAGAAAUGGUAGUUGUAGAGCCGCCGUUACUAAGUCCAAAUGUGACCGCUGACCGCGUGUCAUACGUCGGGGGUGACCACAUACGAGUAAACUGUUCAUCUCCGCCUUCUCUACCCGCUGCCAACAUCACUUGGUUUGUCAAUGAACAAAUGGUUCCGGGAUUCACAGCUAACCAUGUGUUCAACUUUAGCAACGGCUUUGCGUCUAGCUUAGCUACGUUAGAACUGGAGGCCACAGCGUUAUCACCGGUGCCUACACUUAUGAUCCGAUGUGAAGCAUCAAUAUUUGAUAUAUGGAAAGCGACUAGUCACACAAUUGUUUUGAGGGAACGUAGUGCAAAUCCUGCUUCUGCAUUAGGAAGAAGUUUUACAGGAGCGGCAACAGAAACUUGUCUACCAACAAUUGUGAUGUUACUUUUACAAAUUCUACUGCAGUUUUUGAUGCAAAAUUAUACAGAAACAUCUAUAAGAUAGCUGACUUACAAUAUAUUUACAGUUGUUUUUGAAUGGUUAUCGUUAUAAGUGAUCUAUUAUUGGUACCAGCACGGAUUUUGAACAUUCUCAUUAAAUUUUGCAUAAUUAAAAUUAUUGGUGAAUAAGAAUGACGUGAGAGUGAGUCUAAUUUUAUUUGUUGUUACCCAACUGACAAUAUGAUAAUGGUUGUUGGGUAUAUUUUUAUUUUUUAUUUACGCAAUAAAAUUUACGAUGUCAAUUGGUCAAUGAAUCAGUUGGUCGAUCGGCUAAACGGGAUACACGCAAAUAUACAACUAUUUUGAAUUAUACAAGGAGGGAGGAUUUUAACAGUGCUAGAUCCCGCUUUAACAUCUUCGCACGAAUUGCCCCGGCUCGCCCGGUGAAAUACCACGACCACACAGAAGACAGGCGUGAAGUGGAAGCAAUUGCGCAUUUCGUCUGAAGAUUGUGCGUCCCGGAGGCCUAAUUUAGUCCUCUUUCCCUUCCCACC